UUUGCGUGAUUUGCAAUUGCUUAAAUUUGAUUCUUCAACAAAAUGUGGACCAAUGAUUUAAGAUAAUGGUGUAGGAAAAGUUAACAGAGACAUCCAGCUGAUUGAGUUAAAAGCUAUAAUUUUACAGAGUCACUCCUCACUUUACAUAAUUACUACACGCUUAAUAAAAUGUCGAUAGGUUGCCUACCAAAGCAACCAAAAUUGUUUGUCUUUGAAUAAAUUUGAGUGGUACAGUUACAAACUAUUGCGAUGGAGGACGAAAUUGUUGACAAUGAUGCCUCUAACCAAAGGGCGGUUGAAAUGAAAUCCAAAAAGCAGAAGCAGCAAAAAAAAAAAAAUGUAUGGCUGAAGAGAGAUAUUGAUAAACUAAUCAGUUUGGUGAAAGAGGACAAAUUCGUAUGGAACACAAACCACGCCGAAUAUAACAAUAGAUUAGGAAAAAAACUCUUCUGGUUAAAAGUGGCCAAGGACUUUGAUAUGAAAUUCAAUGCGGCUGAAGUCCACGCAAAGUGGAUCGCCUUGAGGAAACAAUAUAUUAAUCAUAGAAAAAAAAAAAUGUAUUUCAAAUAUUAUAACUCACUCGUCUUCAUCGAUGGUUCAAGGGAGCGAGGAUCUGACUCUUCGACAUCAGAAUCGGAUGAUGAUAGUGAUGAGAUUGAUACGCGUGAUAAUGAUGAGAGUGAUAGGAGUGUAGUAGAACUGGCCUCAACCAUCUCUGCCGAUGUAAAAUUGUCACAUUCUUCAGCAAUAAUCUCUGCCGCUGCAACAUUGCCAUAUUCUCCAGUAACAAUUUCUGCCGCUGCAACAUUGCCACAUUCGUCAACAACAAUAUCUCCUCGUGCUACAAAUAAAAUCUUUUUAACCCAUGGUAUACCAACAACACCUACAUCUGUUCAACCUAGCAGAUCCUUCGUGUCCAGAUUCAAUAAUUGUUCGAAUGCUAGGGACAACGCAUUGGGCACAUUUAUUCUAAGUGAAUUGCGGUCGCUACCCGAAAGCGAUGCGCAUACUUUGAGAUGGCGUCUGCAACGAGCCCUGCUGGACUUCAGUGAGGAAAUGCAAAACAAUAUCUAUGAAUAUGAAAUGAAUUAACUUGUUAACUGCACUACAAUUAGUUGCAUCUCAUAUAUAAGUAGUUUGUAAUAAAAAAAAACUUUAAAAUGUGUAAA